AUGAUUCCAGGAGUGGAAGGAGACUCAGUCCGCCCUCCUCGUGGAGUGCGUGGGUUUCCUCCGGGUGCUCCGGUUUCCUCCCCCCGGACCAAAGGCGUGCCGGACGCGCAACCCCCAAAGAUGGACGCGCACGCAUCCCUGAAGUCGGAGCGAGCAAGCCGGAGACCGAACGCGCCGGUCAACGACGGGACGCGCACCCCAAAGGCGGAACGUGUACCCCGGAGCCGAGACACGCACUCUAGGGACGGAACACAUUCCAGAGACUCUCGUGUACCCAGCGAGAGUGCCAGACGGAUGAUUCCCGUCUCCCAUAAACUCUACGCAGAUAAAGAAAGAAUCCCUUUAUCACAGAGAGUGACAGGUGUCCUUUCGCGUCAAAGACCAGCCCAGUCGGAGUAUGGGGAGGGAGGCAGCCCGCAAAUGUCGCCCCCUUCCAGCGCCAGCCCGCAAAUGUCGCCCCCUUCCAGCGCCAGCCCGCAAGUGUCGCCGCUUCCACAGUCAGCCCGCAAGUGUCGCCCCCUCCAGCGCCAGCCCGCAAGUGUCGCCCCCUUCCAGCGCCAGCCCGCAAGUGUCGCCCCUUCCAGCGCCAGCCCGCAAGUGUCGCCCCUUCCAGCGCCAACUCGCAAGUGUCGCCCCUUCCAGCGCCAGCCCGCAAGUAUCGCCCCCUUCCAGCGCCAGCCCGUAAGUGUCGCCCCUUCCACAGUCAGCCCGCGUGUCGCCCCCUCCAGCGCCAGCCCGCAAGUGUCGCCCCCUUCCAGCGCCAGCCCGCAAGUGUCGCCCCUUCCAGCGCCAACUCGCAAGUGUCGCCCCUUCCAGCGCCAGCCCGCAAGUGUCGCCCCCUUCCAGCGCCAGCCCGUAAGUGUCGCCCCUUCCACAGUCAGCCCGCGUGUCGCCCCCUUCCAGCGCCAGCCCGCAAGUGUCGCCCCCUUCCAGCGGCAGCCCGUAGGUGUCGCCCCCUUCCAGCGCCAGCCCGCAAGUGUCGCCCCCUUCCAGCGCCAGCCCGCAAGUGUCGCCCCCUUCCAGCGCCAGCCCGCAAGUGUCGCCCCCUUCCAGCGCCAGCCCGCGUGUCGCCCCCUCCAGCGCCAGCCCGCAAGUGUCGCCCCCUUCCAGCGCCAGCCCGUAAGUGUCGCCCCUUCCACAGCCAGCCCGCAAGUGUCGCCCCCUUCCAGCGCCAGCCCGCAAAUGUCGCCCCCUUCCAGCGCCAGCCCGCAAGUGUCGCCCCCUUCCAGCGCCAGCCCGCAAGUGUCGCCCCCUUCCAGCGCCAGCCCGCAAAUGUCGCCCCCUUCCAGCGCCAGCCCGCAAGUGUCGCCUCUUCCAGCGCCAGCCCGCAAAUGUCGCCCCCUUCCAGCGCCAGCCCGCAAGUGUCGCCUCUUCCAGCGCCAGCCCGCAAGUGUCGCCCCCUUCCAGCGCCAGCCCGCAAGUGUCGCCUCUUCCAGCGCCAGCCCGCAAGUGUCGCCCCCUCCAGCGCCAGCCCGCAAGUGUCGCCCCCUUCCAGCGCCAGCCCGUAAGUGUCGCCCCUUCCACAGCCAGCCCGCAAGUGUCGCCCCCUUCCAGCGGCAGCCCGUAGGUGUCGCCCCCUUCCAGCGCCAGCCCGCAAGUGUCGCCCCCUUCCAGCGCCAGCCCGCAAGUUUCGCCCCCUUCCAGCGCCAGCCCGCGUGUCGCCCCCUCCAGCGCCAGCCCGCGUGUCGCCCCCUUCCAGCGCCAGUCCGCUGGUGUCGCCCCCUUCCAGCGGCAGCCCGUAGGUGUCGCCCCCUUCCAGCGCCAGCCCGCAAGUGUCGCCCCCUCCAGCGCCAGCCCGCAAGUGUCGCCCCUUCCACAGCCAGCCCGCAAGUGUCGCCCCCUCCAGCGCCAGCCCGCAAGUGUCGCCCCCUUCCAGCGCCAGCCCGUAAGUGUCGCCCCCUUCCAGCGCCAGCCCGCAAGUGUCGCCCCCUUCCAGCGCCAGCCCGUGUCGCCCCCUUCCAGCGCCAGCCCGCAAGUGUCGCCCCCUUCCAGCGCCAGCCCGCAAGUGUCGCCCCCUUCCAGCGCCAGCCCGUGUCGCCCCCUUCCAGCGCCAGCCCGCAAGUGUCGCCCCCUUCCAGCGCCAGUCCGCAAGUGUCGCCCCUUCCAGCGCCAACUCGCAAGUGUCGCCCCCUUCCAGCGCCAGCCCGCAAGUGUCGCCCCCUCCAGCGCCAGCCCGCAAGUGUCGCUCCUUCCACAGCCAGCCCGCAAGUGUCGCCCCCUCCAGCGCCAGCCCGCAAGUGUCGCCCCCUUCCAGCGCCAGCCCGUAAGUGUCGCCCCCUUCCAGCGCCAGCCCGCAAGUGUCGCCCCCUUCCAGCGCCAGCCCGCAAGUGUCGCCCCCUUCCAGCGCCAGCCCGCAAGUGUCGCCCCUUCCAGCGCCAGCCCGCAAGUGUCGCCCCCUUCCAGCGCCAGCCCGCAAGUGUCGCCCCCUUCCAGCGGCAGCCCGUAGGUGUCGCCCCCUUCCAGCGCCAGCCCGCAAGUGUCGCCCCUUCCAGCGCCAGCCCGCAAGUGUCGCCCCCUUCCAGCGCCAGCCCGCAAGUGUCGCCCCCUUCCAGCGCCAGCCCGCAAGUGUCGCCCCCUUCCAGCGCCAGCCCCGCCAGCCCGCAAGUGUCGCCGCUUCCACAGUCAGCCCGCAAGUGUCGCCCCUUCCAGCGCCAGCCCGCAAGUGUCGCCCCCUUCCAGCGCCAGCCCGCAAGUGUCGCCCCCUUCCAGCGGCAGCCCGUAGGUGUCGCCCACUUCCACAGCCAGCCCGCAAGUGUCGCCCCCUUCCAGCGCCAGCCCGCAAGUGUCGCCCCUUCCACAGCCAGCCCGCAAGUGUCGCCCCCUUCCAGCGCCAGCCCGCAAUCAGCCCGCAAGUGUCGCCCCUUCCAGCGCCAGCCCGCAAGUGUCGCCCCCUCCAGCGCCAGCCUUCAAGUGUCGCCCCCUUCCAGCGCCGGCCCGCAAGCGUCGCCCCCUCCAGCGCCAGCCCGCAAGUGUCGCCCCCUUCCAGCGGCAGCCUGUAGGUGUCGCCCCCUUCCAGCGCCGGCCCGCAAGUGUCGUCCCCUUCCAGCGCUGGCCCGCAAGCGUCGCCCCCUCCAGCGCCAGCCCGCAAGUGUCGCCCCCUUCCAGCGGCAGCUCGUAGGUGUCGCCCCCUUACAGCGCCAGCCCGCAAGUGUCGCCCCCUUCCAGCGGCAGCCUGUAGGUGUCGCCCCCUUCCAGCGCCGGCCCGCAAGCGUCGCCCCAUCCAGCGCCAGCCCGCAAGUGUCGCCCCCUUCCAGCGGCAGCCCGUAG